UAUAUUAAACUCUUUAAUACAUCUAGUCCUUCUAUAUUGCUUCGUUUCAUAUUAUUAUUACUAUUUGUUUCGUGCAAAACAAAGGCUGUGUUGAAAUUGCCACCAAAUGUUUCAGUCCCAGCAGUGUUAGUGUUUGGAGAUUCGAUCAUGGAUACGGGCAACAACAACAACAACUUGCUAACAACUGCUCGGUGCAACUUCUCACCAUACGGUCAAGAUUUUGAAGGAGGGAUCCCAACUGGUCGAUUUGGAAACGGAAAGGUUCCAUCAGACCUUAUAGUUGAAGAAUUAGGCAUUAAGGAGCUUCUACCAGCAUAUUUGGAUCCAAAUCUUCAAUCUAGUGAUUUGGCCACUGGUGUGUGCUUUGCAUCAGGUGGGGCCGGAUACGAUCCUUUGACAUCACAAUUAGCGUCGGCUAUACCUUUAUCUGGUCAACUAGACAUGUUCAAAGAAUACAUAGGGAAGUUAAAAGGACUCGUUGGAGAGGACAGAACAAACUUCAUCUUAGCCAACAGUAUUUAUUUUGUGGUAUUAGGCAGCAAUGAUAUUUCCAACAGUUACUUCUUGUCUCGUGUUAGACAACUGCAAUACGAUGUUCCUGCUUACACUGACCUUAUGGUCAGCUCAGCUUCUAAUUUCGUGAAGGAAAUUUAUCAAUUAGGGGCACGAAGGAUUGGAGUAUUCAGUGCUCCAUCAAUUGGGUGUGUGCCAUUUCAGAGAACGGCGGCUGGAGGAAUAGAAAGAAAAUGCAUAGCAAAGUACAACGACGCAAUAGAGUUAUUUAACAGCAAAUUGUCAAAGGAGCUGGGUUCUCUUAACCAAAAUUUUCCCAAUAGCAGGAUUGUUUACAUGGAUGUUUUCAACCCUCUCCUUGAUAUCAUCGUAAACUACCAAAAAUAUGGCUAUAAAGUCGGAAAUAGAGGGUGCUGUGGCACGGGCACAGUAGAGGUAGUGUUCUUAUGCCAUUUGGUUCCCACGUGUCCAAAUGUUUCGGAGUAUGUGUUUUGGGACGGUUUUCAUCCUACAGAAAGCGUUUACAAAAAGCUCAUACCUCCUCUUCUUCGAAAAUAUCUAUACUAUUUCAUGGUACAACAGUGUAGGGACAUUGAGGAUGUCUGUAUCGUGAGCAAGGCUAAGAGAGCCAAAGUUGCGGAGGUUAAGGGAACUGAGUUUACUAGAGCAGAAUUAGAGAGUUCCCAAUACAACUCAAAAGCAAAGAACUUAAUAGUUAAUGCACUUGGUAAGGAUGAAUACUACCGAGUAUCUUCAUGUAAGACCGCACGUGAGAUGUGGCUUAUCUUAGAAACAACCCAUGAAGGUACUACUGAAGUAAAACGUUCUAGACAAAAUGUGUUAUCUAGAGAGUUUGAGAUCUUUGAGAUGUAUGAGCGCGAGUCUAUAUUUGACAUGCAAAAGUGUUUCAUGCAUAUAGUUACAUCACUGAAUGCUUUAAAUAUUUUUCAUGAUGAUGAACUGGAUUACGAGUUGGAGUUAAACAGAAGGGUUAACCGUGAGUUUAACAAGAAAAUUUCAAAGAGUAUAACUCUAAAAGUUUCUUCUUCCAAAUCCAAGCAAAGUAAGAAAAUUACCGAUACUUCUUCAAGUGAAUCAAGCACCGGUGAAGACGAUGAAAUGACAAUGUUCGUGAAAAAGUUUAACAUGUCGUUCACCAAGUUCUUCAACAAGAAGUUCAACAAAAGGAGAAGAAGGACCGACAACCCAAGUAGAAAAGAAAGCAACUCAAAAAAUGCUUGUUUUGAGUGUGGAAAGGAAGGUCACUUCCAAAAGGAUUGCCCGAACAAAAAGAAUAAAUAUGACAAUGGAAAGUUCAAGAAAGGUAAGAGCAAAAAGAAGAGAGCUUACAUGGCAUUUUCAGAUGACACUUCAAGUACUACAAGCUCUUCAUCAAGUGAACAAGCUAACAUUUGCUUCAUGACACAAAUUGAAAAAGAUCAAAUUGAGGUACAUUCUAGCCACUCUUCUAGUUCUGUGUGGGAUUCCGAUUAG